UCUCCGCAGAGGCCGGCGGCGGAGCGGAAGGAGCUCACCAACAAAUGGAACGAGAUGGGCACGGACGAACCAGAUUUAACUCGCUUCAGGCCUGUGUACGCCCCGAAAGACUUUCUGGAGGUGUUAAUCAGCCUGCGGAAUCCAAAUCACGAUAGCAGCGAGGACGUCAGCGUCAGGAGCCACUGGGGUCUCAUCCAGGUCCCCCUCAAUGUCAGGGACAUCCCACAGCUGAGGCAGGCGUACUCAGAGCUGAACCUGACCUCAGGGCAGUUGGGGAUUGAUGACCACGCACACAUCCAUCCAGACUUGUUUGAACAUGAGUACGUUCAAAUCGGGAAAAAAGUUCUUGCAGAGCAGGACAGUGCAGCAGCGCAGCAGUACAGCAGGCAGGGCUGCCCCACCGGGCUCCGAGCAGACCUGUGGGCCCUCAUCCUCAACUCCACAAACCAGCCACAGGACGUGAUGCAUUAUGAACAGCUAACGGCUGGAGUCAUACAACAUGACCUGCUGGUGGACAACCUCAUCUAUAAGGAUGUGAAGCUCACUGCCAGUAAUGAUGACUACUACUUUGUGUUUGAAGAUUUCCUCUAUCAGGUGCUGCUGUGUUUCUCUCGAGAUACCGCCGUCUUGGAUCACUUCAAGUACAACAGUGCCACUCCUCCCAAAUCCUUCAUCCAGGGGAAGGGAGGAGAUGAGGAGUGUGCCGUUGUUUAUCCUCCCAACGGUGUCAUUCCUUUUCAUGGGUUUUCAAUGUACGUGGCGCCUUUGUGUUUCUUGUACAACGAGCCAUCCAAGCUGUACAGCGUUUUCAGGGAAAUGUACGUCCGCUACUUCUUCAGGUUACACUCCAUCUCCUCCUCUCCCUCGGGCAUCGUGUCUUUGUGCCUGCAGUUUGAGCGGCUGCUCCAGACCUACCUGCCUCAGCUCUUCUACCACCUUCGACAGAUCGGGGCGCAGCCGUUGCGUAUUGCCUUCAAGUGGAUGGUGCGGGCCUUUUCUGGUUAUCUGUCCACCGACCAGCUGCUUCUUCUCUGGGACCGAAUCCUGGGAUACGAUUCACUGGAGGUGGUGGCAGUCCUCGCAGCCGCUGUGUUUGCCUUCCGCGCCGAGAACCUGAUGGAAGUGACGUCACUGGCCUCCGCUGAGGCUGUCCUCGCCGACCUCUCCACUCUGAAGGUCAUGCCGCUCAUCCAGAUCUUUCUUUUCGCCACCGCCAUCUGAGGAGCAUGGAAACUACAGAAUGAGUCUUGGUGCGUACUGUACAUACCACUCGGAGCACAAAGACACGCUCCGAGAACCCCACUCUGCAACGCCAUAACCACACUGUUAACCGUCCAUUAACCCUUUGAAACCUGGAGCGACAUCAGUUUUCUUGUGCUGCAUUCAGACGACUUUCACAAG